GCUGGGAAGUACUUUUAUGAAACAAAAUUAAACAUCGAAAAAUGUGCAGUUUGUUUGUUUGUAUGAGCUAAUUAAUUGGUCAAUAGUUUAAAUUAAUUACCUCCCCUCGAUAACUAUCAACUAUGCCCCUUCCCCCUGCAUUAGCUGCUCGUUUGGCGAAACGAGGCCUAAUUCAGACCUCAACGUCUGCGUCAGUUCGAAACAAGGAAAAUUCUUCUGACGACCGGCCAAGGUUCGUUGAAGAGGUCAUAGCAGAGAGUUAUGAUGAACCGGGUUCCGCAGGUGGUAAGGCUCUAGGGGGGAGUUCGUCCUUAUCGUCAUCAACGUUAGGAAGCUCAAUGUUACCCAUUCGUAAACCUGCAAAUUCUUCUACCAUUACAAAAUUCCACCGAAUGGGACAUUAUGGGUGCCCCAACAAAGUUAAUAUGCAUCACAUCUGCACACCAUUUUGCGUGACGAGAUGGGGACGAGGAAAGGUCAAACCUACUCCAAGUUAUAACAGAAGACGACUCAUGAUGCUUAAAAAGUAUCCACUUCCCACAAAUUGGCUUGAGAUUUAUGAUCCUGGAACGGGAAGAUAUUACUACUGGCACACUGAUACAGAUAACGUGUGCUGGACAAGUCCAACUUAUCCAAAGGCAAAAAUAGGAAAAGCCGCACCAGAAAUGAGGGAAAAAUUGCACGAUGAAGAAUUGGCUGAAGCGAAUAAACCAGUACCAUCUAAUUCUGAGCUGAUGAAGAAAUCUUUGAGAAAGUUGAGGCAUUCUGACAAACGGAAAGCUGCAAAGGAACGGGAGGAAUUAGAUCCCAUGGACCCUGCAGCUUAUUCCGAUGUUCCUCGUGGAAAUUGGGCUGCCGGACUACGUAAUGAGGAGGGAACAGGCGUGGAUACAACGGCAAGUGGCCCUCUAUUUCAACAACGACCAUAUCCUUCGCCAGGAGAUAUUUUAAAACAUAAUAGGAAACCCACGUCAAAAUGAUUGUAAUAAUUAAGUUAUUUUUUUAGCUGUGACGUUUUGUAAUUAUUUCUUUGAUUUAUUCACAUUUAAAUAAUAAUAAAAUACUUUAUCUCAUAUUAAAUUCUGAUCGUUGUAUUAUACGUAUUAAACUUUUGCAGUCUUGUAAAA